AUGAUCCUCCUCACUCCCCCCUUCAGAGGUCUGGCCGCCUUCAUCGUACUGGCUCUGCCUGUCUGCCUCAAUGCACGACCCAUCACAGCCGACAAUGCCCUCUUCGCAAUCGAAGCUCGCUCGGCGGGAAUAUGGUCUCAGCCAUCAGCCGAGAGCGUCGCCCACCUCGAGCGUCGAUCUUCCGACUUUAUCGUCGUCGCCGGCAAGGGUAAAGACAGUCAUCCUGUGAUUCUCUUCAAAGGCUUCGAUUUCAAGGGUGGUCCUCCCUCUGCAUCCAAAAAGGGCGGCGACAAGCAUCGAAAGGGUGGCAAGAGCUCUGACAAGACAGAAUCCCACGGCGGCGAGUCAAAGGACGAGGGCGGAGAGAAAGGUGGCAAAGACGAGAAGAAAGUUUCGGAGGGUGAAGAGAAAGGCGGUGAAGGCGAGAAGAAAGGUUCUGAGAAAGGCGGCAAAGACGACAAGAAAGGUUCGGAGGGUGUAGGGAAAGGUGGAAAUGGCGGGGAGAAAAGUUCAGAGAGAGGCAGCAAAGGUGUCGAAGAGGGUAAGGAGGGAGGAAAGGGAGGUUCCGGAAAAGAUGAAGGUGAAGGAGGCGGCAAGGGAGGCGAGAAGGGCAAAGGAGGAAGCGGCGAAGGAGAAGGCGGGAGCAAGGGAGAAGGUAAAGAGGGCAAUGGAAAGAGCGGCCAAGGAGAAGGAGGAAGCGAUAAAGGUGACGAGAGCAAGGGAGACAAUGACGAAGGAGAGGGAGGCAGCAAGGGGGGUGAAGAGGGCAAAGGUAGUUCCGGAAAGGGUUCCAACGAGAAGGGUAAGGGCGGCGAGGGUGAAGGAGGGAAGGGCUCCAACGAGAAGGGUAAGGGCGGCGAGGGUGAUGGGGGAAAGGGUGGCUCCGAAGAAGGCGGGGAGUCUGGCAAUGGAGGAGAUGAGGGCAAGGGCGGCUCUGAAGGGGGCGAGGACUCUGGCAAGGGUGGCUCCGAGGGGGGUGAGGAGUCUGGCAAAGGAGGAGACGAGGGAAGAGGUGGCUCUGAAGGUGGCGAGGAGUCUGGCGAAGGUGGCUAUGGCGAAGGAGGAGAUGACGACGAGGAAUCUCAAGGAGGCGGUGACCAUCAAGGCUCCCAAUCUUCUGGCAAAGGUGGCUUUGGUCGUGGCGACGAAAAGUCUGGCAAAGGAUAUGAAGGAGGCAAAGGUGGCGGCUUCGAGUACGGCGGUGGUGGAGACACGCCCAGCUACUAA